UACGACUAUGACGUCGACAAGGUGCGGGAGACUGAAUAUCCCAUGCUAAAAGGAGAAAUAUAUCUGGACCACGCGGGUACAACACUCUAUUCUAGUUCUUUGAUAAGAAAGUACCUGGCCGAGCUGUCUGCAAACUUGUACGGAAAUCCGCACUCAGAGUCAAGAUCAUCUCGGCUCUCAACCGCCCGAGUUCAGGAGACCCGGGAACAUGUACUACGGUUUUUCCAUGCUGAUCCAGAGCAUUUUGAUAUUGUGUUUGUUUUGAACGCAACGAGCGCAAUCAAGCUGGUGGCGGAGACUUUUACAUCUCUUCAAAGAGAGGGCACAAACCGUCCUAUCUGGUAUGGCUAUCACAUUGACUCGCAUACGAGUGUUGUUGGCCUGCGGCAGCUUGCCAGUGCAGGAUACCGCUGUUUCGAGUCAAAUGAUGCGGUUGACCACUGGAUUGAGACGGGGUCUCCCAUUGGUGAGGACAAGGGCAGAAGAUCUACGCCUGCUACAUCACAGACGUCCCCGAUAGGGCUUUUUGCGUACCCAGGACAGUCGAAUAUGACAGGCCAUAGACUACCACUGAACUGGCCGGGGCGGUUGAGACGCUCUACGAUUGCCGCCCAUCAGGAAGUGUAUUCACUCCUAGACGCAGCUGCAUUGGCAUCCACUGCACCGCUGGAUUUCAGCGAUCCCAAAGAGACAGCAGACUUUACCGCUAUCAGCUUUUACAAGAUUUUCGGGUUUCCAGACCUUGGCGGAUUGAUAAUCCGCAAAGAUGCCGCACACAUUUUCCAGGAACGGCUCUAUUUUGGUGGUGGCACCGUGGAUAUGGUUAUCUGCAAUGGCGACCCUUGGCAUUCUAUGAAGAGCAGCUCUGUUCAUGCGGCCCUCGAAGAUGGCACAGUACCGUUCCACAACAUCAUGGCACUAGACUGUGCUUUGACUACCCAUAAACAACUGUACGGUGGUAUGGAAAAGGUCAGUCGACAUACUUCAAUGUUAACGACCAUGCUCUAUCACCGACUAUCCUCCUUACGGCAUCGGAAUGGUAAGAAAGCUUGCCAAAUAUAUAAGGACGCUUCAUCAAGCUACGGGAAUAGUGAGACACAGGGAGCAGUGAUCGCUUUCAAUAUCAGAUCCGAAGAUGACACAUGGGUCAAGCUGUCGGAUCUGGAAGGCGCCGCCAAUGAGCACCACAUUCAUCUUCGAACAGGAGAUGUUUGUAACCCGGGAGGUAUUGCCAGACACCUUGAACUAGAGCCAUGGGAGCUUUUCAGGAACUUCAGGGGUGGUGUUCGCUGUGGCUGUAAAAACGUUAUAAUCGGUCAUAAGCCCUCUGGGAUUGCAAGGGUAAGCCUCGGCGCUAUGAGCAACGCCCAGGAUGUGGAAACAUUCGUGAAUUUCGUGCAACAAAUGUUUGUCCCAAGUCUAUCGUUAUACAUCCAGAACAUCCUGGUAUACCCAAUUCGAGGGUGCAGUGCGUGGUGGAUCGCAGACACAACACCCGUGAAUCUUACAAGCAAUGGUCUCCACUGGAACGGGCAGUGGUGCUUGGUUGAUCUCCACAAUGGGACCAUAUUGACUCCAAAAACGGCACCUCGGGCGUUAUUAUUGUACCCCGAGAUCGAUUCUGACAGUCAUACCCUUCGAAUCGGAGUUCAUCGAUCCCUCUGGACUUAUCCAAUGGUUCAUCGGAAUGUUGUGGUGUAUAUGGACCGUGAAGACUCAGAUAUUGGUCAUACAAGCUCAAAGAAGGACAUACACAUGUUCUGGGACGAAGAUACAGGCAUGAGUGUGCAAUUGCUGCUGUACAGAGAACCGGAAAUACAAACAUUCCUGACUGCCGCCCUGGGAAUUCACUGCACCCUGGCCAGAAUUGUCGAUCAG